AUGCCUCAACAUGAACCUAUAGCCAUUAUUGGCACUGCCUGCCGUUUUCCUGGUGGAUCUUCGUCACCAGGCAGUCUCUGGGAGCUCUUGAAGAACCCGAGAGACCUCCUGAAAGAAAUACCUUCAAGCCGCUUUAACGCGCAUGGGUUUUAUCACAAAGAUGGUGAUCAUCAUGGAGCAACAAACGUUAUCCAGUCGUACUUACUCGAUGAAGACCAUCGGGCCUUUGAUGCUUCUUUUUUUAAUAUCAGCCCCCGCGAGGCAGAAGCGAUGGAUCCACAACAGCGAUAUUUAUUGGAAGUAGUUUAUGAGGCAAUUGAGGGUGCAGGAUACCCAAUUGAUAAACUUAGAGGAUCAGAUACAUCUGUAUCUGUUGGAGUGAUGACUGGCGACUACCAUGAUCUCCAGCUUCGGGACAUUAGCUCAAUCCCACAACACUUGGCGACUGGUACCUCGCGCAGCAUACUUUCAAAUCGUAUAUCUUACUUCUUCGAUUGGAAGGGCCCUUCUCUUACCAUUGAUACUGCUUGUUCGUCGAGUCUUGUCGCUGUACACCAGGCGAUAACUAGCAUUCGGCAGGGUUCCCCUAUCGCAGUCGCUGCUGGUGCAAAUCUGAUUCUUGGACCCGAAACUUUUAUCUUUGAGUCAAAGCUUCAUAUGCUAUCUCCAACGGGUCGAAGCCGCAUGUGGGAUGAUAGAGCGGAUGGAUAUGCUCGUGGUGAAGGCUUUGCAGCAGUUGUACUAAAGCCGUUAAGCAAAGCCAUUCAGGAUGGGGAUCAUAUUGAGACGAUUAUUCGCGCAUCUGGUUCGAAUCAGGAUGGCUACGGUCCGAAGGGACUUACAAUGCCAGUUGCAGAGUCACAGCUCAAGUUGAUUGAAAGAACGUAUGCUGAUGCUGGUUUGGAUCCCAAGAACCCAUGCGAUCGCUGCCAGUAUUUUGAGGCUCACGGUACCGGAACUCUUGCUGGAGAUCCAGUUGAAGCCGAAGCAGUGUCCCGCGCUUUCUUUUCUGCAGGGGAAGUGGUAAGUCGUGAUAAGGUUCUUCACUUAGGAUCGAUAAAGACCGUCAUUGGGCACUUGGAGGGUACAGCGGGUCUUGCAGGAUUGAUUAAAUCAUCUCUGGCCGUUCAACAUGGAAUCAUUCCUGCCAACUUGUUGUUUAAAAAGCUGAACCCCACCAUCAAACCAUUCUAUACGAACUUGAAGGUUCCUACAGAGGCAACGCCAUGGCCCGAACUUCCUAGUGGAGUUCCUCGACGGGUGAGUGUCAACAGCUUUGGCUUUGGAGGAACCAAUGCACAUGUGAUCAUUGAGAGUUAUACACCUUCUAAUGAUCCAGCAAAGGCCGUGGGCACAGAUGGUACAGCAACAGCACUUUUUCGACGGGCCAAGAACAAGCCUGUUUUACCUCUCAUCCUCUCUGCAAAUUCUGAAUAUUCCAUGAUAGAGAUGGUGAGAUCAUACAGCAAGCAUCUCAGCAAAUACCCCAGACUGGAUCUUGCGAGUCUUAACUGGACAUCGAUAGUUCAUAGAUCCAUGUUCCAAUACAGGCUUUCAUUUCCGGCUUCGGAAUUGAAUGUUCUUCAAGAUGCAAUGUCUCGAAAAAUAUCCGAACUCGAAACAUCAAGGAAAGAAUUUACUAGGAUAAAUUCAAGACCAAACAUGCCGAAGUCACAGCUUUUAGGCAUAUUCACGGGACAAGGAGCGCAGUGGCCAGGUAUGGGUGCAUCCCUAAUCAAGUCAUGCAGAAUGUUUGCCCAAUCCAUUCAAAGCAUGGAUGAAGCUCUGGCGGACCUACCAGAUGGCCCGUCUUGGACACUGAUGGAAGAGCUACAAGCACCAAGUGAUAAAACCAAAAUCCAUGAAUCCGCCAUUUCUCAGCCAGCCUGCACCGCACUUCAGAUUGCUCUUGUGGAUUUAUUGAAUUAUAUUGGAAUAUCAUUUAGUGUGGUAGUUGGUCACUCUUCUGGGGAGAUUGCAGCAGCAUAUACCACAGGAUGCAUUUCUGCGAAGGAUGCUAUCCGAAUUGCAUAUUACCGAGGAAUUCAUACCCAGCUGGCAGGUGGGCUUGAUAUGGAGACUGGUGGAAUGAUGGCAGUAGGAUAUUCCUUCAACCAAGCCACUAUCUUCUGUGAGCAAGACCAAUGGGAGGGACGGCUUGUAGUCGCUGCCAGUAAUGGCCCUCGAGGUACAACAUUAUCGGGCGACUAUGAUGCGAUCAUAGAGGCUAAAGAGGUCUUAGAAGAAGAAGGAACUUUCACAAGAAUUUUGAAAGUCGACAAAGCAUACCACUCCCAUCACAUGAAUCGAUGUGGUGAGCCCUACGUGAAGUCUUUGAACGCUUGUGGAAUCAAGUCUUCGUAUCCAUCCACUGGCGUGUGGGUUUCUAGUGUUCGUGCAUCUGGUGAUUUUGAUGACGAAGCUAUCUCGGCCUUGAGCGGUCCAUAUUGGAAGGAAAAUAUGGCUAAUCCCGUUUUGUUCUCUCAAGCUGUUACUCAAGCUCUUAAAGAAUACGGCAGCUUCGAUGCUGCCUUGGAGAUUGGUCCACACGCGGCGUUAGCUGGCCCAGUGAUACAGACAGCUAAAGACCUAGACAAAGACGUUAGUUUUUCUUAUCAUGGUGUUCUGCAUCGCAACCAAGAUGAUAUCACAUCAAUCUCUGCAGCCCUUGGGUCACUCUUAACGACAAUCGACAGACCUCAGAUCAACUUAAAACGGUACGCGGAGCUUUUCGCGAACGACGAUCUAGCUCCGUUGACUUUUCUUAAAGGAUUGCCAUCUUAUCCUUGGAACCAUGAAAAGUUGUUCUGGAAAGAAUCCCGCGUAUCCGAACGAUUUCGUCUCCGCCAGCAACCGAUUAACGAGCUAUUGGGAGUUAGAUCUCCUGAUGAUAACGACGAUGAAAUUCGCUGGAGAAAUACGCUGCGCUUACAAGAACUUCCUUGGGCAUCGGGACAUUGCUUCCAGCAUCAGGUGCUAUUUCCCGCAGCCGGAUACGUAUCCAUGGCUGUGGAGGCGUCAGCAAGUCUUGCAAAAGGGGAGGAAAUUCGAACCCUCAUACUCUCCAAUCUUCAGAUUCUCAAGGCUAUAACACUAGAGGAGACUGCUGGAGUUGAAAUUCUUUUCACACUUAGUAAAGAAGAAAUGGAUGUCAACGAUGACCGAACCAUCAAAGGCCACUUCGCUCUCUACGCGCGUACUAAAGAGGGCUCCAAAGAAAUGGACAAGCACUUCUCCGGAAACAUGACGUUGAAAUUAGGAGAUCUGAUCACUCAGACAUUUUCAGUACGAUCCAGACCUCAGACAAAACUUAGGAACGUCGACGUCGGAAGGUUUUACGAGUCUCUAUCUAGUAUCGGACUUGAUUAUAGCGAUGCAUUUCGAGGUAUUACGGCGAUUGACCGGCAAAUGAACGUGUCACAGAUAGAAGUCUCGAGAAUGGACCACCGAUCAAGAGAUAGCAGAUUGCUUGUACAUCCUGCAUUUUUGGAUUCGUGCCUUCAGGGCCUUUUUGCUGCAUUCGCUGCGCCAGACGAUGGGACCAUCUGGACGACGUAUCUGCCUACCUCGAUCCACAAGGCUGUCUUUAGUCUUGGGACACUCAGGAGCGUCCAAAGUGAAACUGCUCAUGUUGAUUGCUAUGUGACGAAUGGUUCUCCGUUGUCAAUUGUGGGAGAUAUCGAGAUUUUCAACUCGAGAGACCAUAUGCAGAUCCAGCUGGAAGGCCUCAAAUGUGACGCAAUAGCGAAAGCAACUAUCAACAAUGAUCGUAAACUCUUUGCAAAAGUCGAUUGGGAACUUGACACCUUUGGAUCUUUUAACGACGAGGUUCAAGUAGAUAUCGUAAGAUCCAAAGAGGGGCAAAUUGCGGAGAUCUGUGAGCGGCUAUCCUAUUUUUACCUGCGCAAUCUUCGGGCGCGUAUUUCCCCACAGGAACAGAGUACCAUGAAAUGGCAUUUUCAGAGGCUGCUGGCCUUCACAGAUCAUGUUUUACCCCUUCUUGAAAGCGGCGCGUAUCCAACUGUCGAUCCACAGUGGAUUAAAGAUGAUGAACACAUUCUAGAUUCCCUUCCACAAGGAUUCUCUGAUGAUGUUGAUGUUCAGAUUGUCCAGGCAGUUGGCUCGAAUCUUGUUGAUAUAGUUCGAGGCCAAAAAGAAACACUCGAGGUGAUGAGAGAAAACAACAUGCUGAAUCGUCUCUACAUUGAAGGUAUAGGAACUCAUCAGUGCAACGAGCAUGUCUCUGGAAUAGUAAGACGGAUCUCCCAUCGAUACCCUCACAUGAAAAUUCUCGAGAUUGGAGCAGGCACAGGUGGAACCACGCGAUAUGUUGCCAAGGGUUUAGGUCACAACUUCUCCCAAUAUUACUAUACAGACAUUUCGACGGGAUUUUUUGAACGUGCAAGAGGUAUUCUUGAUGGUAGUAAGACUGUCUUCAUGACUCUCGACAUUGAAAAGGACCCGAUGAAGCAGGGUUUCGAAGCCAGUUCUUUUGAAAUGAUUGUAGCUUCAAAUGUUCUUCAUGCAACGAAAUUCCUCAAGGAAACAAUGAAAAGAGUCAGGUCAUUAUUAAAACCAGGAGGUCAUCUUCUACUGUUGGAAACAACAGGACAGUGGUUAAGAAGUCAAUUUGUGAUGUGUGGCUUACCAGGCUGGUGGCUUGGUUUUGACGAUGGCCGGAAAUACGCUCCUAUAAUCGCAGAACGCCAAUGGCAUAGCCUGCUCCAGAAUACCGGGUAUUCUGGUCUCGACUUAGUGGCGCGUGAUUCUUCAAAUUCAUCAUCACAUUCAAUAUCUGUAAUGCUCACUCAAGCUGUUGAUGAGCGUGUAGAAGCGUUGCGACAGCCACUUGCAUUUCCAGACGUGAUACCAAAAGUUGACCGUUUCAUUAUUCUCGGAGGUGACUCACUUCGUACUUCGUGGAUUAUAAGGGACAUACAAAAACUCCUGCGCCCUUGGAAUAACGAAAUUGAAAUACAGUCAUCGGUUGAAAAUGUCACAACAUUCAAGGAUUCUGGAACUCUAGCAAUUCUAUCUUUAAUAGAUUUUGACGAUCCAUAUUUUCACGACAGAACAGUAUCAAAGCUUGAGGCGUUGCAAAACAUGCUUGGUGCUGCAAAAUAUGUUGUCUGGGCUUCUCACGGAAGUCGUACGGAAAAGCCUUUUGCAAACAUGAUGGUUGGGUUGGCUCGAACUCUUCGACACGAAAUCCCUGACCUAAUGUUUCAAAUACUUGACAUUGAAGAUACAGACAAAGAGAUGACGGUGCCACAGACUGCGAAUCAUAUAGCCACUACAGUUCUGAGACUCAUAUUAUCCAGUUCUUGUAACUUGACAGAAAAUACACUUUGGUCGAAUGAACCAGAGCUUUUAAUAAAAGGAGGAAAGAUAUGGAUCCCAAGGGUUAAUGCAGCACCCAAGCUUAACGAUCGUUUGAACUCUGCUCGGCGAAAGGUUAAAUCUAAUGUAGAUCUGGAGCGGACUCAAAUACAGAUCUACCAAAAGGAAGCCACACGCCAAUGGUCCAUACGUGCCGCCCAAAACGGGAUUUCCAAACUUAUCAUACCCGAAGGUCAUAUUCUAAUUCAGCUAAAAUUCUCUUUAAUGCAUUCAAUCCGAGUUUUAGCCGGGUCCUUCUUCUUUGUUUGCUUUGGAGAGGAGGUUGGGACAGGCAGAAGGAUGAUUGCACUUUCCCAAUCGAGAACUUCCGCCAUUGUAAUUCCGGUUUCUUGGGCCACUAUUUGCCAAGUUAACGAUGAAGAAGCUCCUAGAUACCUGUGGGAGUUUGCAUGCUGCCUGAUAGGAAGAAGUAUUAUCGAAGCUAGCCCAGUAUCUGCCAUAUCUUUAGUCCAUGAACCAGAUCAGUACCUAAGAACAAUUCUAUCAACCCAGGCAAACCAAGCAGGCAUGGAUAUUCGUUACACGAGAACUCACAGUUCCUUGGAAAUAAAGGACGACUCUAUUGUGAUUCAACCGCUUGAUUCCACAAGACGUAUUCGAGCUGUUCUCCCACAAAACGUUUCAUCGGUUUUUGAUAUGAGUGACUCCGCCGAGACAUAUGCUGCUAUGGCUAAAUGUGCACCUCAUAUCUUUUGGCAUCCAAUUUCAUGGACUUUUGGCAUCAGAUCAAUACUAUGCCCUGAUUGUUCUUCUCUUUCUAUCGAAAAAAUACUUAGUGAGAUUUCUGGAUUGCUAAACCUGCCUGGCAUUGUUUCUGAAGAGAAGUGUACUUUGAUAAGCUCAAAUGUAAAGACACAAGUAAACCACACUCUCUGUGCAACACUGAACUCUCAUACUUUUCCGGAUAGUCGAGUCAUUCCCGCUGCCGCUUUCGCCAACAAUGAUCCGCCAAGAGUCGAUCCCUUCACUAUCAUAUCGUGGGGGGAGCCAUCAACCACUGUUCCUGUUUGUGUGGAUCCUGUGGAUGCUACCAAAUUGUUCUCUCACGAAAAGACUUAUCUUUUGGUUGGCCUUACCGGCGAACUUGGGCAGUCAUUGGCCCGAUAUAUGGUUAUCAAUGGGGCGAAGCAUAUUGUUCUCACCAGUAGAAACCCACAGGUUCAUAGCCAAUGGCUUGUAGAAAUGGAGACUCUAGGAGCCAUUAUCAAGAUCAUCCCGCUAGAUAUAUCCAAUCGAACUGCUCUCAAAACGGUGGUUAAAAAUGUGAGAUCAACCAUGCCACCGAUUGGUGGUGUUGCAAAUGCAGCGAUGGUCCUUUCAGAUCAAACGUUCAUAAAAAUGAGCCAUGACCAGCUAGAGAAGGUUCUACUUCCGAAAGUCAAUGGCAGUCGGUAUCUCGAUGAAAUAUUCUACUCUGACAAGAGCCUUGAUUUUUUCGUUCUGUUCUCUUCCCUUGCGGCCGUGGUGGGAAACCGUGGACAGGCAAACUACAACAUAGCAAACAUGUUCCAAGCUAGCUUAGCUAGACAAAGAAGAAGGCGUGGUGUCGUUGCAUCUGUCAUGAAUAUUGGAAUGAUUAUUGGACUCGGGUACCUCUCGAGGUUUGGAACGAAGUACGAAGAAAUUUUCCAGAAGAUGAAUUUCAUGCCUAUAUCCGAACACGAGCUCCACAUUAUUUUUGCAGAGGCUAUAAAUGCAGGCAGAUCGAGGUUUGAAGAUGAUUGUGAGAUGAUUGUAGGAUUACAAGAGGCCACGGGUGCCGAGGAUGCUGAAAAUCCUCCGGCCUGGUUCAAAGAUCCUCGAUUCUCGAAUCUGAUUCAUACUCGCUCCGCAGUUACAGAUAGCACGGCUUCGAAAAAAAAUACUGUUUCUGUGGCAGAGAAAUUAGGCCAAGCAACAAACUACUCUGAAGUCCGAUCAAUACUCGAAGAUGCUCUAACUACCAGCUUAGGGCUCAUGCUUCAUAUGUCAAGAGAUCAGCUAGAUGUCAGUACUCCUCUGACUGGUCUUGGAAUUGACUCUCUUAUUGCCGUUGAUCUCCGAACAUGGCUACAUACUCAGCUGCAAGUAGAUAUACCAAUCUUCAAGUUGCUGAGCGGCUCCAGUGUGUUGCAAUUAUGCGCUGAUAUAGUACCAAAGCUUGGCACGGAACUCUUGCCAAAAAUUGAUAAGUGUGAUUUUCCAAAAGAUAUGUUAGCUGAAUCCCACACGAAAGGCUAUUCCACAAUGAAUAAAGAUGAUUCAACGGAAAAAAUCAAGCCUCUCAUUGCGAUUCAAUCUACAGAGACUCCGCAAUCGAAUUCCCGAAGUACCGCUUCUGACAACAGAAAACUAUUUGCGGAAGCAGAAUCUCCAGAUUCUUUUCCGAGUUCGACUGCUAUCACUGGUAGUACAUCUUCCAUGAGAGAAUCUGUAUCAACAGAUGAUGGCAUGAAUAUUUUGAGAAAAGGAAAAGCUUCUGUAGGCCAGUCAUCACUAUUAUUUGUGCGUGAUUAUCUGAGAGACAAGUCCGCUUCCAACGUCGGUAUACAAUUCACGUUGCGGGGUCCGCUUGAUAUUAAGCGCUUUGAGAAUGCCAUUGAUGAGGUGAUUGCAAAGCACGAAAUCUUAAGAACGGCCUUUUCUCAAGAUGUGGAAUCAAAGAAUCACAUUCAGAUGGUUUUGGAGCAUUCUUCGUUCAAAUUACAGCACAAAACAUUGUCUUCAGAUCAUGAUGUAAGGCUGGAACACGAAAAGCUUAUGACCGCCGAGCUUGACCUUUCCCAUGGCAAUACCAUAGCUGCAGUUCUCAUUAAACGUUCUACCAAUAUUCAUGAGGUCAUUUUCUGCUAUCAUCAUGUUGUUCUUGAUGGUCUGAGUUGGCGAUUGUUUGUUGAUGAGCUCCACCGAGCUUACAGCGGUCAUGGACUUCUACCCCUCAGCUUCCAUCAGAUUGAUUUUGCCCAAAAGGAAGAGGAAGCAAUCAGGAGCGGUCAGCUUAUAUCGGAGCUGGCGUAUUGGAAAAACGAAUUUUCGCAACUACCAGAAACAUCACCCCUCUUACCUAUCUCUAAGGUGCCCUGCCGUCACACUCUGGAAGUAUACAACACCAGUACGGUAUCUUUGAAUUUGGACAUCAAUGUAGCAGCUCGAAUCCGAAAAGCAAGCAAAGCGCUGAAUGUAACCCCGUUUCAAUUUUAUUUAUCUACCCUCCAAGUCCUUCUAUUCAAAUUGGUUGGCACUACCGAUCAAUGCAUUGGGAUUGUUGAUGCUAAUAGAUCCGAGCUUGACUUCGUCAGCACGAUGGGAUAUUUUAUAAACAUGUUGGCUCUAAGAUUAAAUGUGAAUGAAUCCCACAGCUUUCAUGAAGUUAUCACACAAGCACGGAAAAAAGUUCAUCUCGCCAUGGAGAAUUCUAGGCUGCCGUUUGGCGUUCUUCUAGACGAACUGAAAGUUCCACGAUCAACAGCCCAUUCUCCUUUAUUCCAAAUAUUGAUGAAUUAUCGGCUCGGCGCCCUUGAGCAAGAGAUGAUUGGAGAUUGUGAGCUUACUGGCAUGGAAGGGACCAUACCCAAAACACCUUACGACAUGACGCUUUUAGUAACGGAGUCCUCAAAGGGAUAUUCUGUUGUACAACUAGAUGUCCAGAAGUAUCUCUAUUCUGACGACGACACCCAUCAAGUUUUGUUAACAUAUGCCCAUUUACUGGAUACCUUUUCGAGUGACCCUUCGACUAAGAUCAAAAACUGCAGUGCUUUCAGCCCAACGAUGACCACAGAAAGUCUUAACUUUGCACAUGGAAACAUUUCGUUAGAUCUUGACCGCUCAGAGACAUUGCUAAACUAUAUCUCGCAACACUUUAGUCACAAUAACAGCAUAGCUAUCAACGACGGGUAUGGUCAGAUUAUCAGUUAUGGAGAUUUAAAGAAGAGAGUGCAUACGCUCGUUUCGACUUUGAAAGCAGCAGGUAUUGGAAGUUCUGCACACGUGGCUCUCCUAUGCGAACCAUCUGCGGAUUUUGUAUGUGCGUUGUUAGCCAUAUGGUAUCGCGGGGCAACGUGUAUUCCGCUUGAUCUAAGUAAUCCAACUGCACGCUUGGACGCCAUAAUCAAGGAAUGUCGCCCACUAGCCACAAUAUUUCACGAGCAAAGUCACGACAUAUUUUCCCACUUGAGUUCAAAAAAUAUUACUGGUAUUGGGAUUCAAAUUCCGCACGAUAUAGAAACAUCAGACCUAGGCCAAGAAGCUAUCAAAAAUCUAGCCGACUCAGACACACCUGCUUUCAUUCUAUACACCAGUGGAACAACAGGUAAACCGAAGGGUAUAUCGCUCACACACCUCAAUAUCACGAACUCCAUUCUAGGCAUUCGAAAGUGUCUCAACCUGCACCAAGAGACAGUACUUCAACAAAGUUCAUUAGGAUUCGAUUUGUCCGCUGCGCAAAUUCUCAUUGCUAUAGCGGGUGGCGGAACUCUGAUUAUUCCCAAACGUGAGCUUAGAGGAGAUGCAAUUGAGCUCUCAAAGCUGAUUCUGCUUGAACAAGUGACGUUGACCUUUUGUGUGCCGUCCGAAUAUUCCGUCCUGCUUCGCUUUGGAAAUGCAAUUCUGAAACAAUGCUCGAACUGGAAGAUAGCAAUGAGUGCAGGUGAAAAGAUGACAAGUAGAAUUAAGAAGAAUUUUCGCGAUCUUGAGAGCUCUGUUCGACUUGUCAACGCAUAUGGACCUGCGGAAACGACCAUUAUCUCACACCUUGCCAACUCCUCUUAUAAGUUAAGCGAAGUUACGGACGAAGGGGAAGAAUUUGAGACAGUUGGAAGAUCGCUACCAAAUUUCUCGACCUACAUACUAGAUAAAUCGGGAAAUCAGCUCCCGCUAGGAUUUCCCGGGGAAAUAUGCAUUGGUGGCCCUAGCGUUAGCCCUGGCUAUAGCCACAACGACGCCUUAAAUCAGCAGAAGUUUGUACCUAAUCCGUUUUCAAGUCGGCAUGAAAAAGAGCUUGGAUGGGACAGAUUAUAUCGCUCUGGUGAUCAAGGAAGAUUACUAAAGGAUGGCUCUUUAGUCCCACUUGGUCGAAUCGAUGGAGAUCAGCAAAUCAAACUCCGAGGGAUGCGUGUAGAACUGGGAAGCAUUGAAAGUAGCAUUCUUACAACGGCACGCGGAGUAAUUAGUGACGCAGUCGUGGUCGAAAGAGGACAACCUAUCUUUCUAGUUGGGUUUGUCACCUUUGUAGAGGAAAAACGGCCUGCAGACCCUGACAACUUUCUCUACACGCUCAUCGAGGACCUACCUGAGCCUGAGUACAUGCGGCCAACGAUAAUUGUACCCCUUGAAAAAAUUCCACAGGGGCCAAAUGGGAAAACGGACAGGAAUGCCCUAAAGAGAAUCGUUGUGGAUCGAAACCCUAAGACCAAGCCAACUGACAACGAGUCACUUACAGCAAAUGAACUUAAACUUUCGCAGCUAUGGCGGAGUUUACUCUUCGAGAACGAAGCCGCGCCACUAAAUAUUUACAAACAUACAGAUUUUUUCACCGUGGGGGGUACCUCCCUGCUUUUAGUGGAACUACAGCAUCUGUUACAACAAGAAAUUCGCGUCGAAAUCCCACUCCAAUCGCUGUUCCAGGCGAGCUCACUUCACAAAAUGUCUAGAUUCCUUGUACCAGAUGCCGUAAAAGCUAUCUCUCGGAUCCAGAUAGACUGGACCGAAGAAACUAGUAUUUCUCAUGAUCUUUUAAAUACUGAAAGGCUACUACCAGCCCCGAACAAGAAUCAAGGAAUCCGCGUUGCGCUCACAGGAGCUUCUGGAUUUCUCGGAACAUCAUUACUUCGCCGCCUUAUUGAUCUCGACUCUGUAUCUGAAAUUUACUGCCUCGCAGUCCGUCAUAAAGAUGGAUCUCCUUCCAGGGCUUUCCAGACACACUCAGAGAAAGUCAAGAUAUACUCUGGCGAUUUGUCUAUCCCCCUUCUCGGUCUCUCAGAAGACAGUUUCAACUAUUUCUGUCAUAACGUUGAUGUGAUAAUACAUAACGGCGCAGAGGUUUCAUUUCUUAAAACCUACUCUGACUUGCGUGCGUCCAACGUUUCUUCAACAAAGAACCUCGUCAGGCUGAGUUUACUUCGUCGUGUACCCUUACAUUUUAUCUCCACUGCUGGUGUCGCGCAACUUGUCACCACAGACGUUCCUCUCACAGAAUCGAUGACAGCCUCUGCAUUAUCCAAUCCAAGAGAGGAUACAGAUGGCUAUGUAUCUAGUAAGUGGGUGAGCGAAAGAUAUCUGGAGAACGCUACCAAGAAACUCGGAUCAAAGGUCUUUGUACAUCGUCCAAGUUACAUCUUGGGGAAUGAGACAAUAUCCACAGAUGUCAUUGGGUCUUUGUUAGAAUACUCGAGAAAAAUGUCCAAAGUUCCUUUGCUAAGAGGAUGGAAAGGAGAUUUCGAUUUUGUGAGCAUGAGAACUGUAGUGAACGAUGUAGUUGGCGCGUGUCUUCAAUCGGUGUCUGAUUGGGAGCACGGUGAUGAAGCGGGAAGAUUGCAGGUUCAACACCUGUGUGGGGAAGUGAAGGUUCCUUUGAAUCAACUGAAAGAGUAUGUGAGUGGUGAGGAUGGUCGUCACGUGGAAGAGGUAGAGCUUGAGGAGUGGAUCCGAGAAGCUAAUCUUGUGGGGCUUCCAAAAACAAUGGGAAUGUAUUUGGAAAAUUUGGUUACACAGGGUAUGAGGAUGCCAAUAAUUGAAAAGAUUAAGGCAGCAUAG